AUGGUAUCAACGCUUCAGUUCUUGGCGACCGUGCUGGCGGCGCUCUUUGCGAUGGUCCAGGGCGUAGCUCCGGUGGACCGCUUCCUGUGGGAGCGCGCCAGGCAUUACCUCCUGUACGUGGCGAUGUUUUUCGCGCUGCUCGAGUACGCCUUUCUGGGCCGCCAGCUCCCAUCCUGCCGCUCGUGGCUCGCGAUGCUCGUCAUGUGCAUCUACUUUCUCGUGGUAGCAGUGGAAUCCGCCUACGGCAAGCAUAUCGUUGGCCCACACCUCGGCUUUGGAAGCAUGUGGGGUCCGACGCUGUACACCAACACUAUCUCCAUCCCCCCGAUGGUCGCUAUCGGGCUCCUCUCUGGUGAGCAAGAGGCUCUCUUGCGUCACGCCGACUGCUCCAAGUCCAGCCCGGUGGAGGAUGCCGACUCGAACCAAGCCGUCGUUCUUCUCGUCCUCAUCUCGUGCGCUCUCGGCGUGGCUGUCGCGUUCCUCGGCUUCGAGGCUAGGAGGCUCGUGUCGGCGACGUGCUUCACAGUGUUGGGCGUGGCGGGGAAAAUGGCGACGGUGACCGCCAACGGGCUGAUCUGGGACAAGCACGCCUCGCCCGAGGGUAUUGCGUUUCUGGCGGCCUGCCUGGCCGAUAAUCUGGGUUCCGGCUCCUACCCAGACAGGGGGUCUGUUCACCACGGUUAG